CCGACAUACCUGUAUAUUUUGUCAUUUUCUACCCCAUGCCGGACACGAUUUAGUAUAAUAAAAUAAUAAUAUCAAAUUUGACGAAACCUGAUACAAAUUAGUAAUUACUAAUUACAAGGGUCAUAGAUCAGUCUCAAAAUUCUGAAGACCAGAAUUGUGACUACCGAACUUCGAAGACGUGUAAUUAAGUAUACGUCUACGCUUUUCGCAAAUAUACGGUACAUUUUUUUUUUCAAUUAAAUUUGACCAUUGCAGUUUUUUUAAAAGGUUCAACUAUUAUUAUAGAAUGUCUUGGCAACUGAGGAGAGUUGCAUAAUAACCAUUGGAAAUGAAUUAUUCACUCUAAGAAACUUGCAGAAAAUUUGCUAAAUAUACUGGUAAGCAACAUAUACAGUAACAUAGCAUAAAAUGGAAACGAAUUUGGAUUUAUUUACUACUUCUCAAAAUCACCUACAAAAGUUAAUCGUCGAGUUAAAUGAGCACAAUAAGGUAUUGCAAGAACGAGUGACUGUGCUCAAGGAAUGUUUGUCUAUCGAAAAACUUAAAUCAAAAAUAUCUGAAUUAGAAAAAAAAGAGCAAUUGUUAUUGUCAUUAGAAAAAGAGAUAGAAAAAUUGAAAAUUGAAAUUAAACCAUUGGAAUAUUUAAAAAAGAUAUUUCAGAAAGAAAUUGAAAAUUCUACUAAAAAUAAUUGGAAUACAGAAACGAAGAAAAUCUUAGAAAUAACUAAUGAGACUUGUAGUGAAUUUGCUACCAAUACAAUUGGCUCAUUAAGUGACUUUGGCACAGAAGGAAGUAUAAGAGUUUUAUCGCAAUAUGACGUUAUUACAAAUGAAGAGAUUUUAGCUGAUAACUCUAAAAACGACAAUACAAAAAAAGUGUUGUAUAAUGAUGCACUCAAUCUAGCAACUAAUACACACUUGGAUUUGCAUCAAACUUUAAUUACAAAUGCUGAAAGAAUUCCAGAAAUGUAUGAUCGUAUGAAAAACACAAAUUCGUGGGUACAAUCAAAUUGUAUCGGUUCAGUUGAGUCUCUCUGUACGAGUAGUAAAAGUGAACAAUUGCUAGAAUCAUUUGGUGUAAUAAGUAAACAAGAUAUUGAAAAUUGCUCUAAUGAGUGUUUUGCAUCUGCACAUGAUUCAGUAAAAAAUGAAACAAAUUCUAUUGAAAUUGACAAACCAAAUGAAGAGGCUAACAAUAAAAAAGAACAAUUGCCUGUUGAUUGUAAUGACAAUAAAUAUGAAUCAGAAUCAUCAACCAAUUCUUAUAUUAAAGCUGAAAAAAGUUCAAUAAAUUUGUAUGACAACUCCGAUGAACACAGUAAUUCUUCAGAAAUCAUAAAACAAGAUAAUUUAGAUAAAGAUAGCUCUCCUUUAAAAUUAAAUGAUUCAACUGGACAAGAAAUAAAAUGUACUGAAGAUGUAUUUAAAUCUAUCGUUUUUGUGGAAAAUUUACCUAACGAAACUCAACAGAUUUCUAAAGAAAAUUCUAUAUUAAAAUUGGAUGUAUCGUUUCAAAAGGAAAUUGAAUGUACUGAUGAUGUAUUUAAAUCUAUGGUUCAUGUGGAAAAUAUACCUAACAAAACUGAUCAGAUAUCUGAACAUUGCACGUCUACAUCCAAACAACAAAAAAACGAAACCGGAACAAAUAUUAAUCAAAUACAUUUAUCAAAUAAAGAAACAUAUAAUAAAAAAGAACAACUUCCUAUUGUCGAUAACCAAAAUUGUGAAUGGGAAUCGUCAACUAAUUCAAUUUUGAACGUUGACCAUUAUUUAUCAAGUUCAGACACAAAUGCGGAUGAGCCCAGAAUAUCCAUGAAUUUAUUACAACAGGAGAAUUCAGAUAAAGUAGAUUUCUCUCUGUCAAAAUUGAAUUUAUCAGCAUUUAAACAAAUGGUUGAAUGUACUAAUAAGGAUAUGAUUAAAUUUACUGGUAAAGAUGUGGAAAAUUUACCUUGCAGAACUAAACAUACGUCAAACGAUAGUAAUCGAGAAGACCGAAAUAAAAAUGUCACUAAUAGUAUUAGUUUGACAGAUACAUUAAAAAGUAGAAAAGAUAAUGACAAUACGCCUUUUAGUGCAGUAAAUAAUAUAACAAACACUGAUAUCAAUUUUCAUUUUUCGAAUAUUAAAUUUACAGAAUCAACAGUCCCUAAUGUUAAAGAAUUUAUUCAUUUAAACGAGCAAAAAACACAAUAUAAGUUUAAAAAUUUUAAUCUAAGUAUUGAAUUAUUACACGGUAUCUUUUGGAGCGGCUUCCAGGCUCCGUCGAUGCUUCAACAGUUAUGUAUGCCACAAUGUAUCGCAGGAUGUGACAUUGUCGUAGAAGCUUACCCGUGUAUGGGUAAGUCGAUCAUGUGUCUGAUAUCUGUUCUACAAAGAAUUGAUACCCAAUUAAAAGAAUGUCAAGCUGUCAUUUUAGUUCCGACCAAAGAGUUAGCAUUAUCCACACAAAAGAUGAUCAAAUCGCUCGGAAGGUUCUUAAAAGUGUUUACGUGUAUAGGCAGUAAAAAUGUACCAAAAAAAGUCGCUCCAGUACCACAUGUAGUUAUAAGUACACCCCAAGACUUGUGUGAAAUGAUAGAUUGUGAUUCAUUGAACAGUCGGUUCAUUAAAAUACUCGCUGUGGACGACGUAGACGAUAUGUUGGACUGUAACGGUUUUUGGAGUCAAAUAAGGCGUAUACUACUAUUUCUCAACAGCGAUAGACAGCUUAUUAUUUUGUCUACAUCCAAAUUAGAAGCGGUUUUGGAUCAUUUUUCUGAUAAAAUGUCUAAUGCAGUAAAUUUUCUCGCACCUGAUGAAAAACCCUCUUUAGCCGAUAUUCUUCAGUAUUAUUUUUAUGUGCCGGAAAAUUGGAAAUUUGAAGCAUUAAGCGAACUAUACGAAGUUCUUAACUUGAAAAACACUGUGGUUUAUUGUAAGGGUUACGAUAAAUGCCGAUCGUUAGCGGAGAAAAUGCGAAUGAAAAUGUAUAAGGUUUCUGUCGUUAACAGCGAUAUGAAUGCACAACAACGUCAGCUCAUUCUACGGCAAUUUUGUUGCGGUUCUAGUAACGUGUUGAUUACGACCAAUUUGAUUAAGGGUGAAGAUUUCAAGAACGUGAUGUGGGUUAUUAAUUAUGAUCUCCCUAACAACGCCAAAGACUAUGUGCAAAAGAUUCUCAGACAUUUUGGCCGUAAGAUAAAAGUGAUAAACUUGGUGACUGAACAGGAAACAAUGAGUAAAACUAUUAUCGAGACGACGUUAAAAAUAAACAUGAUCGAAAUGCCUCAAAAAGUAUCUAAUUUGCUAGAAACAACUCAUGGUACGUUUAACAGGAGAUUUGAUUUCAACCCCAUAAUUAAUAUUUGAGUGUAUAACUACUAUGAUAAAUUAAUUAAAUUACCAAAAUUUCUUUUUUUCAUUUUACUAUGUAUUAAAUAUAAUGAUAUCACCAUAUUAGAACAAAAUUGAUUUUAUGCCAGUAGUGUAAUAAAAUAACUUGGUAAUUUGUAAUCCUCAAUUAUCUACUAAAACUUUUGGGAGAUAUAUUAUGUUGUUAUUCAAAUUAACAUUUGAUGAUUAAAAUAAUUAAUGAACAGAUAGUAAAAACUCGUUAAAUUAUAUUUUUAUGACGUUUAAAUUCAGAUUUCGAAAAUGUCUACACUAUUUUGUUAGUUAUGUAUUUAGAUUAUAUUAUUACAUAUUAUUUAUUACACCCGGGUGACAUUUUUUUUUAUGAGAGCUUAUAAUUAUAUUUUUAUAAUGAAUUAUCCAAUAAAUAAUUAUAACAAUAAUGAUAUUACCUAUUUUUAUAUGAUUGUUUGUAUGUUUAUGAAUUGAGUCUUGAAUAUUAACUAAUUGUCCUAUUUUGUUAAAAUUGUUUUUGUUUUAUCUUUAUAAUUUUAUAUAAUUAAUAUAUAUAUUUCUGAAAAUUAACUGGAGAAAAAUAUCCCUAUCAAAUUUUGUUCAAGUAACCACCUAAUUA